UGCAAGGAAAAAAAGAGGAAAAGUGAAUGAAUUCGUUGUAAAAUUUUCAUAAAUUAUCCACAAUAUACUUAAAAAAAUUUACAAAAACUAAAUAAUUUGCAAAAACAUACAAUGGGGUUUGCAAUAAACCAUUAAAAACGCGAAUGCAAACCGUGCGAAACCGAAAAAAACAAAUCUUAACUAUUGCCAGGCAAAACAGUAGCUGUGAAAAACGACGGCUAGAAAAAGGAGAAAAAUUCUACGCCGAAAAGGCAGACUAACUGAGAGAAGAAGCACAUAUCUUCUGGUCAUCGGCGCUGUUUGGAGGACUGGAUUUUUCCAAAACAACUUUGCCAAAUGAGUGGAAAUAUGUGUGAUAUUUGUUCUGAUUUCCAGCAAUUAUUGGAGUCGUAUGAGACACGAAUAACCAGCAAUGAUGCCAAGCAUUCGAUCAUUUAUAAAAGUGAAAUUGAAACAGCAUUUGGUUACAUACAGGCAUGGCCUCAAAGGCAAUGCAUGUGUCUAUAUCGAGACACGAAAAAUUUCGAACGUUUCAAUUUACUGAUACAAUCGAUGAUCUGCUUAGCGGUCCAUCAUUUGAAACACAUUAAACGUUUAAUUGAGGACUAUAGAAAAAUUACAGCUCAUGCGGCUGCUACACAAGCCCCAGCACAGACUCAAUCAUCAGCCGGUAGCUGCGCCAAUGCAGAAGGCCAACCAUCCAAGGAGGAUGAAAAAACAACUACCACAGCAACGAAAGAAGAAAAUAAAGUUGAAGACAAAAAAGAUGCUGGUAGUACACAGAAGAAAAUAGAAUCAGAUCCAGCAAAGGACGAAAAACUAUAUAAAAAGUCGGGUAGCAGCUCCACAGACGAUGAAAAACCACAGUCAACAAACCCCACAGAAGCUGUAACAUCGAAAACAUCGGAUGAUUCAACGCAGCAGUCAUCGAUUGGGUCGUCUGGUGGUGAUAAAGCCGCAUCCGCAUCACAACCAUCACCAUCCUCUUCAACAGUAUCCCAACACACCGAAGAGCCUUGGAUAUUACCCGAAGUCGAAAAAUUGCUACUCUUGGUAUCCAAGAUCUUCUUGCUCAAUUUUCCACUAUACAUUGCGUACAAACACAGUACCCAUGCUCGUCUGGACGACAUAUCGGCCGAAGAGGCACAACAUUUGGCCAUAUUUUGUGAUCUACAUGACAAUGAAAUACCCGUUCACUUGUUGCGAAACACAACAUUAUUUUGUAACUCGAAUGGCUUUGCAGCCAUGAAGUUGUGCUUCGAUCAACCUGAUUUGCCGGUAACAACGGCCCAUGCCAUUACGGCCACAGUGUCGAAUAUAAAGUUAUGGUUACACUACGGUUGCAUUGUACAAUUGUAUGUACCGCUGAGAAGUAAAAUAUUACAAUACAUGUGUAAGCUGUCCGAUCAAAAUCUAAGGACAGCUGCCACCAGGGCAAUGGCUGAUUUUGUGUGGUCAGCUGUGCGAGAUCCCUUGGAUGCAUCGGUUAGUUUUGACGUUGAGGGUUUGGCGUUGGCAUUUAAAUAUUUUACAUCAACCACGUUGACAAUGAGAUUGGCUGGCAUCACACAAAUCAAUGCUCACAUCAAUAUUUUUGGGGAGAUCGAAACGGUUGGUGAAUUUGAGGUUGUGGCCCAAAAGAUUGCAAACUGGUUAACUGAAAAUCAAAUAAUUCAGCAUUUAUUUGGUCCCAAUUUGCAUGUGGAAGUAUUGAAACAGGCCCAUAUUGUUUUGAAUUUUUUGGCUGUGGAAAAUCAAAUUACGGAAGAACACAUUAAACUUAUUUGGCAGGCUACACAACAGCUGAAACACUGCUCCAAGGCAAUUUUCGAUAUUCUGCCAUCGCUGGUAAAGAAUUUAGCUCCAAAACCUGCGAUGUAUUUGUAUACUCUGUUGUGUCGCAUGGAUCCCAAAGAACACACAGAACAAAGUAUUUAUAUUGCCUCGGCUCUGACCAAACUUAUAUGGUCCAGGGACUCGGCUCAAUUGAGUUUGGAAGAAGAACUAAUGGCGGCUAAUGCCACAGCAACAAGUUCAGAUAGCGGCAGCAUGGAUGGCAGUAAUUCAGAUGAAGGUAAUGGCGAUGACAGCAGUCUGGUUAGUGCCCGAAAAAGUCCCAUAGAUAUUGAGAAUGUAUGCUCCUCGGAUACGGGUGUAACACCCUGCAAACAGGCCAGACGCAGGCGUCAAAUGCCCAUAAUACCGUUGGGAAAAUUCGGAAAAGUUAUUAACGAGGGUGAUAUAAAAAUCAUUAAACCCACCACAGAUAUGAAAAUGAAAAAUCAUCGAAUUGUAAAUAUCAUCGACAAUUCCAGCAGUGAAGAUGACAUGACCCAGGGAUCGCUGAACAUAACACUGCAUCGAAAAAAAUCGCGCAAAAGAGCCCGCAAAAAUAACAGUAAUAUGCCCCUGACACGAUUGGCCUACGAAAUUGUUGAAGCCAUUUGUGAUGGCGGUGAAGAUGAAGCGUCAAGUGAUGAUGGCGACGACGGUGAUGACCCGGAAGCUGAACUUCUGAAUGAUAGUGAUGAUUGUAGUGAUACUGGACAAGUGUCGGGUGCUGUUUUGACCCAUUUACAUGGUGGAGGUCAAUACAUUAGAGCUAUAGCAGAAACUCAUAUCAGCGAACUGUUGAGUGGAGCUGAAAACGAAGGAAGCUAUUCAUCACCAAUGAGUAAUAAAUCCGAGAAGAAUUUGGCAGAUUUUGAUGAUGAAGAUGUUUCGCCAUGUGAGGAAGAGAUUGCCCAAUUGGUGAGUUCUCAUGCCCAGAGGGUUUCUCAUAAUUGCAUGCCACCAGCCUUAGCUGCAGCAGCAGUGGCAAUGGCUGCGGCCCACACAGCAAUGUCAAUGCAAAAAAAUGAUGCAAAUGUAGCGGCGGCAGCAGCUGCUGUGGCAGUGGCAGCAGUUGCCACUGGCAAUGCCCAACAGUCGUUGUUGGCAAUGCAACAGCAAGCAAAUGCUGCCGCAAUGGCCAAAGCGGUGACAGCCGGUCUCAAUUCAAAUGCUUCAGCAAGCAAACAUGGUAAUGACACAGAAAUGGACAAGGAAUGUAAUAAAGCUGCGACUUCAUCCAUAUCACCGCAACAACCAACAUUUAAAAUCAAUGAUGUCUGUCAGCCGGGUAAUACUUUGUUAUGGGAUUUAUUACAGGAUGAUAAAAUUGGACAGCUUGGCGAAUCAUUGGCCCUGGAGGCAGAAAAGGCAUUAGCCACAUUGUUAUGCUUUAGCAACGAUCGUCAUUUGCGCACGAAAUUUAUUGAAGGUUGUCUACAAAAUCUUGCCAAUAAUCGCAGUGUUAUUGUCUCGCUACGUUUGCUGCCCAAGUUAUUUGCAUCAUUCCAACAAUUUCGUCCAUCCGAUACCCAUCAUGUUACAAUGUGGGCUGAACGUCAGCAUCGCAUGAUGUAUCAUUUCUUUAACAAUAUUAAAUAUUAUGCCAAAAGGCAUAUGGAAUAUUUGGUAGCCAAGGCAGCGGGUGAACAGCAACAACAAACGGUAAAUGAAUUGUCCCUAUACUCGCACAAGACACAAGUGUCAGUACGUCUACAGUUUUUGUCAUCGAUAUUUUCUUCGAUGGGUUCGCCAAAGACUUUCAGAUUAAGUCUAGAACAAGUGGACGCCCUAUGGGAAUGGCUGGCCCAUGAUGUGGACUGUUCGGAUUGCUAUUUCUCUUGGCUGCAAAGUCAAGCCAAGGGAGGAGAUCAGCAUGCCUUAGGAUUGGAUGCAUUGCAACAUUUAUAUUUAAAAAAAUUGCCUGAACUGAGACCAGAAGACUUUUCCAUGGUUGCUUUGGGCCUAUUUCAGCAAUUGUGUAGUUUAGCUCGCAUGGCCAUAGCACAUUAUGAAAAGCAAAUGGAUGCAAUUUCCACAAACUCAUCAAAUAUUGUGGGUAUGUUUCAUCUCUGGAAGAUUGCAUUGAGGGCCCAUACUUCGGAAGUGUCGCUGGCCGCCAUUCAAUACAUAAAUAUGUAUUACAUGGGCCAGCAAUUGCGACUGGAAAAGGAAUUUGUAUCACAAUGCAUGGAACAUCUGACACAGGCUGCCAACGCAUUGGAAUGCAACAAUGAAGAUGAGAAUGCCCUGAUGUGUGUCCAGCGUGGUUUAAUGUUAUUAAACACCCAUUUAGAUACUUUCCGACGACGUUACGCAUUUCAUUUACGACGUUGGGCCAUUGAAGGACAGGGCAUUGGUUCACAUAGUAAUCUCAAGAAUGAAGGCUCAGGACCCGCCAUACGUAUAAUACUACAGCCAGCGGGGCUGUCGGAAAAGUCAAUAUUACACAUGCAUGCUUGUGACUUAAUUGCUGACUUAAAGGCAGAAAUAUCGAAAUGGUGGGAAAAUCUACAGGGUACUUCCAAUUCGGGAGUAUCUGCCCCCGUUUUGGGCCUCCUUUUAAGUGAAGGGCCAUUACGGAUAAUAACACAAGGCCAGGAGCUAUCAUCGGAGUAUGAUGAAAGGACAUUGGGAGAUGCAGGUUUUAAGGAUAACCAGAUCGUUUAUGUAUCGCUGGGAGGACGAGGUGCCCGACGCAAAGAAACGAAUAUCGAUCAUCCAUCAAUGCAACCGCCACCACCCAAAGAAUGUUUACCCACAGUAUUAUUGCUACAACCGAAAUAUUUCGAAAAGCUCUUCUCGUUGAUGCAAACGUUGGGCGAUAUGAAACCCCAACCGAAUAAUUUGCAAUUGCAUACCAAGGCACAGAUAUUAUCACGACGUGUAUGGGAUAUUUUGGCUAUAUUACCGACAAAUCCCACAAUUCUGGAUGCAUUCAAAGGUUUGGCCAGUGAUCUGACGGAAUGUGACCAGUACGCGAACGGUCAGGAACAGGAGAAGGAAAACAAACACAAAAAAAUCAAACAAAAAUUAUGUGAACUAUUGGAUCCAAUUAAUUUACAAAAAUUUAUGUAUUCACUACAUAUUGUGGAGAGUUUGGCAUUGCAUAGUGUAUUUCAGCAACGUGGUGGUGCACCAUGUUGUGGGGGAAUAAAUGGUAAUAUUAUCAGUGUUGAAUCGGCAGCAAAAUCUAAGAAAGCCAGUAGCAGUUGUGCAGGUACCUGUUCCGGAAGCGGCAGUGGAAGUGGUAGCUGUCCUGGCAGUGCAGGCGGCAGUGUAUCAUCCGGAGCCAGAAGACGUGACAGCAUCGAAAGUCCCCAGAGCAGUAAUAAUAACAAAGACCACGAAGAAGAUUCUUCCAAGCCAAUUAGCAGCGAUGAAAGGGAUAAAGAAUUUUCCGCGGACAUGGGAAAGGAAGGAAAUUCAACAAUGAUUUCUAUGGAUACACCAGAAAGUGAGCAACACACUUCAGCUAACAAUGUAACCACAAGUGAUAAGGAGCCCAGUAGUCCCCUCAAACACAUGGCAAAAAAGGCAAAGAAAUCGGAAUGUUCUGCAUCAACGCAAAUGGACACAUCCACAACGAGCGACAAUAAAUGGAGUGAAAUUUUCAUACGUAGUGGCGGCUUAAAACAUCUUUAUGAUAUCUUCAUAUCGGGCCAAUUACAACAAAGCUCCUAUCCCAAAGAAUUGUUGAAUGAAUGGCGACACGAUUGUUUGGCCAGUCUCUUGCGCAUUUUAUGGCUGUUGGGAUUCGAAGAGGAUUAUCACGAGGAUAUGUUGGUGUCCAUUUCAAAGCCCAAAGAGUUUAUGUUGGAAAUGAUGUCAGUAGAUUCUUGCUUAAGACGUCUCUCUUCCAUAUUGAAUGACGAAGCCUAUAGCAAUUACUUGGCCACCACUUCAAGCUAUCAAUAUCACCAUUUGAGGACUGGUUUUUGGGGUCGAGCCCAAGUUGUACAAUUUGCUAUGAACAUCAUGGUCAGUUUUGUUCAUGCCUCUGUUGAGGCUAGACGAUCGUUGUGGGCUCAUGCCGAGUACUGUAACUGGGUGCAGAAAUUCAUUUUGGAAGAUCCGGAACCGGCGGUUAGACGAGAAAUUUGUGCCGGUCUAUAUCGCAUAUGUUUGGGUAAUUCUCAAAGCUAUCAGCAGCUGUUGGCACCAUUGCUGAGGAAAUUGAUUUCGUUUUUGCCCGUGGCAGAAAAAAUGACCUCUUACAAUCACCACAAUCCCUAUAUGUUGACGGAUGAUGGCAAGGAGCCAUAUGGACCGGCUUGUCGUGAUUAUUUUUGGUUAUUGGCCCGAUUGGUUGAUACUCUAUCACCGGAAAUGGUUAAAUCUUCUCUGGAGUCAUCUGCCUACAAUGAAGAUGCCAUUGAUGUUGAAAAGCUAUGCCAGUCGGUGGCUCAGAGUAUACUCACGCGUGAGUUCUAUGAAACCCGUUAUGGAAUGCAGGACGAUGGCUUGGUUGGUCUCAUCAAUCUUAUGUCGAAUUUAGUAAAAUAUGAUCCCACCUUUAAGUUCAGUUCCCAGGCUGUACAAUUCAUAGAGAAGAUAUUUGAAUUUUUAUUUGAUAUGCCCUCACCAAAUAAUCGUCAAAAGCCCAAAUGCAAAUCGGCCACAUCGAGAGCAGCGGCCUAUGAUCUUUUGGUGGAAUUGUGUAAGAAUUGUCCGAAAAAUUACACAUUUUUGCAUCAGAAGCUGUUGGCGCAACAUACGCCCGGACCAAUGCCACCAUAUCCAUGGGACUAUUGGCCACGCGAUGAAGGACGUUCGGAGUGCGGCUAUGUGGGUCUGACAAAUUUGGGUGCCACUUGCUAUAUGGCUUCCUGUAUACAACAUCUCUAUAUGAUGCCACAGGCCAGAGCUGCUGUUCUUCGAGUCCCACCAGGCAAGGCCCAAAAACAUGCACCCACCCUGCGUGAACUACAACGCAUGUUUGCAUAUCUUUUGGAAUCUGAACGCAAAGCCUAUAAUCCACGAUCCUUUUGUCGUGUCUACCAAAUGGAUCACCAGCCACUGAAUACGGGCGAACAAAAGGAUAUGGCUGAAUUUUUUAUUGAUCUUGUCUCGAAACUGGAAGAAAUGACUCCUGACCUUAAGGAUUUAGUCAAACGUCUAUUUUGUGGUACUUUAAGUAACAAUGUCGUCUCAUUGGACUGUGAUCAUGUCUCUAGGACAGCUGAAGAAUUCUAUACGGUACGUUGCCAAGUAGCUGAUAUGCGUAACUUGCAGGAAUCCUUAGAUGAGGUGACUGUCAAAGACACAUUGGAGGGUGAUAAUAUGUAUACAUGUUCGCAAUGCGGCAAAAAAGUUAGGGCUGAGAAGAGGGCAUGUUUUAAGAAAUUGCCACAGAUUUUGUGUUUCAACACGAUGCGUUAUACCUUUAAUAUGGUGACAAUGCUGAAGGAGAAGGUUAAUACACAUUUUUCAUUUCCCAUGCGUUUGAAUAUGUCGGAUUAUGUGGAGAAAACUCUAAUGCCACAUCAAUAUAAAGAGGAUCGUGAAAAACGAAAAGCAGAAAAAGGAGGAAAUGCAAAUGAUUUGGAGGAUGACUUGGAAGAAUGUUUAGAAUAUGAACUUGUGGGGGUCACUGUACAUACCGGCACGGCUGAUGGUGGCCACUAUUAUAGUUUCAUCAAGGAGCGCAAUAAGUCUGCAAUGCAACAUGAUCGUUGGUUCCUUUUCAAUGAUGCUGAAGUCAAGCCCUUCGAUCCUUCACAAAUUGCAGCUGAAUGUUUUGGUGGAGAAAUGACGAGCAAAACUUAUGAUUCCGUGACAGAAAAAUAUUUAGAUUUUAGUUUUGAAAAGACUAAUUCGGCCUAUAUGCUGUUCUAUGAGCGAAGAUUGCCUGAACACCUCAAAGAAAAACAUGCCCAUCUCUUGGCUUCGCCACCAAUGACAAUAAGUCCAAAGAUGAAAAACGAAACGUCAACGGAUGAAGGUUCAAAGGAAAAAGAAAAUGUUUCACCAAUUGAAGGAAAAGAAAUGAAAGAAGCACCGGAAGGCAAAUGUGAUAAUAAAAGUAAAAGCCCCGAAGAAAAGGCAACUGAUAAACCGACCACAGAAACAGAGAUACCAUCCACAUCAACGGGAUCCACAUCAUUGUCAUCCAAUGUCACUGCAAUAACGCCCACAUCCAGCAGCUUGGCAAAUAAAGCAACUGAUCAUUUUAUAAGACCACAAUUAAGUAAGGAACUGGAAGACUGGAUAUGGCAGGAUAAUAGACAAUUUUUACAAGAUCGCAACAUAUUUGAACAUACCUACUUUAAUUUCAUGUGGCAAAUUUGUGGCCAUAUCCCACAAACCUUGAUAUCUCAGCAAGAUGUCACUUGCAUGGCUGCUAAGCUGUCCGUAUCGUUUUUUAUUGAAACAUUUAUACAUGCCAAAGAAAAGCCAACUAUGGUACCAUGGGUGGAACUUUUGACAAAACAAUUCAAUGCCAGCCAGGAGGCUUGUGAAUGGUUUUUGACCCAUAUGUCAAUGGAACCAUGGUGGCCAGUACAAGUUUUAAUUCAAUGUCCCAAUCAAAUGGUUCGCCAGAUGUUUCAACGUUUGGUCAUACAUGUUAUUCAAAGACUGCGAGCUUCACAUUGCCAUCUUUAUUUGAAAACCGAAUCGGAUGUCGAUGACAAGGAGGUCAUUGGAACAGCUUCAUGUGUUACUCGUUUCAUAAGUUCAUUGACCAUACUAAUGGAGCAUGGUGCUAAAGCCCAUUUACGCAAUCUUUCCGAGUUCUUUGGCUUGCUAUUCGAAUUUUCACGCAUGGGCGAUGAGGAAACUUUGUUUCUGUUACGCAUUGGUGUUAUAAAAAGUGUGGCCGAUUUCUAUUUGGGCAAUAAGACUCAUGAUAAUCUUGAAGUUGGUUCGGAUAACGAUGAUAAUUCCUCGGAUGAGGCAUUAUCGGUGGAUAAGACAAGGCCAGCUUCAUUGGAUAAAAUGAUUGCCUUGGUGGCAAGCCUAGUGGAACGAUCGAGGGGAGCAGAUUUGCGUUUGAAAUUGUCGCCCAAGGACUAUAACGCCAUUGCAGGCGGCAAGGGUUUCCCGUUUUUGUAUCAACAAAUUAAAGAUAACAUAAAUCCUCAUCAAACAAGGCAUUUAAUACAUGCUCUCUGUCGCUGGGACGAGCGUUUGGCCAAUCAAAUCAUAACCAUGUUGUUUACAUCUGUAACCAAGCACACUGAAUUGUGUGGUCCUUUCUUUAAGCUAUUGACAUUGUUGACAGAAACUCAGGGUGGACCCUCUGGCCUGCCAUGUUUUUCUCAAUUAGUUUUGCAGCGGGUUUGGGAUGCUGCCGAAUACUGUCCACAGUCGGCAUUGGAUUGGCUGGCUUUUCAAGCACCCAAAAAUAAAAUAGCACAUGCCUGGAUCUUACAAUCGGCCGAUACAUGGGUGGAGCAAUAUUUGCUUGCCCAUCACAAUUCAAGAGUUCGUAAUGCUGCUGCAUAUUUACUGGUCUCACUGGUACCAUCACAGCCAUUUAGGGCUAAUUUCCGCAUACAUUCACUGCACAAAUUAUCAUCGUCUUCAUCAUCUCAUGUUUAUCGUGAACUUAACAACGAUGCUCAAAUAAUUCUACACAAUAUCAUUAAUUUGCUGUUACGUUUAUUGCGGCCAGCAAGAGCAUACGCCGAUAUUGGCGUUCAUGGUACAACAAAAUUAACUUCUUACUUUAGCCUUUUAGCAUAUUGUAUGGCAUCUAAGACUGAAAAACUUAUGAUGGGUCCUUACAUGCGUGCUUUGUGGGAUCUAUUUCAUCCACGUUUGUCAGAGCCAAGUGUACCAGCUCAUCACAAUAAACACGCUUUGUUGGCAUUUUGGCAUCAUACCAUCCUCGAUUGUCCCGAAAAUGCAUUGAUUGUAGCCAACUGUCCAGAAAUCACAAGGAAUAUAGCAUUUAAUUAUAUAUUAGCCGAUCACGACGAUUCCGAAAUUGUGGCCUAUAACCGCGCCAUGUUGCCAGCCUAUUAUGGUUUAUUGCGUUUAUGUUGUGAACGAAGCCGUAGUUUAACACGUCAGCUGGCCGCUCAUCAAAAUUUGCAAUGGGCCUUCAAGAAUAUAACGCCGCAUCCCACACAAUAUGCGGCCGCUGUAGAUGAACUUUUUAAAUUGAUGACCCUAUUUGCCACACGUCACAUGGAUGCCAGUGACCAGGAAAAACAUGAAGUCACCACAUUCCGUCGUACCACAUUGUCAGCUUAUUUAACGGGACUAGAUGCCCGGGUUUCAUGGGGCACAUUGAUUAAUGCUUUUCGAAUUUUAGUUGACAAUGAAGAAGAUCGUCUCCUGGUCAUAUAUAAUGGUGGCUUGGAGAUGUGUUUUGAGGCAUUGCACACACUACAUUCCAUGCAUCAUGAGGCCACUGCCUGUCAUGUCUCGGGUGACUUGCAGGAAUUGUUAAGCGAAAUGGUUUUACUUUUGAGCACACUGAGAUUGAGUACACGCCUCGACAGUAAUGCUAGCAAAAAACAACAGCAACAAUUGGAACAACAGGUGCAGCAGUUGCAACAACAGCAUCAGCAAUUGUUGCAAAAACAACAGGAACAAUUGAAACAACAACAGCAGCAACAGUCCCAACAACAGUCGCAACAGUCUCCACAGCAAACCCAACAACAGCAAAAAGAAAAACAGCUACAGCAACAAAUGCAGCAAAUACAGAUACAACAAAUGCAACAGCAAUUGCAGCAACAACAUUUUCUGCGUCAACAUCAACAGCACACAGCUCUGCUGAAGGGUCUACCGGACGCCGUAAAACGAUUGGCUACAUUCUUAAAUACCUACAGCCCACCGGAAUUAUGCUGCCUGGCCUUGGAUGUACUUAAAGAGCUUGUGCGUAAUCCUAAUUUGGAUGUAACCAGUAUUUUAGCACCCAUUCUACUUAAUUGUCAUUUGUCGGCGGCCAGUGCACCCAAUGCAAUUGGUCCUUUGGGUCCAUACUUCCCGCGCCGAGGAGGAAAAACAACAUGGCCAACUAUGGCCAAAAAUAUGCCACGACCACCGAGACCGAUGGUGCAAAUGUGUAUACCACACAGUGAACUGUUGCAUCGCGGUGUAGAUUUUGCCUAUGAUGCCCAGGUUGAGGCAUUCUACAGGCCCUAUCACGAUUUUCUGGAUGUAAUGAUGAGAAUGGCUGUAAAUACAAAUCAAUUAAAUGAUACACUGGUUAGAUUGAGCUGUUUGGCGGCCAUAGAAGCAGCUCCGUUGGGUUUUAAUUAUUUUCCCAAAUUUUGGGUUGGCAUUUAUAAUAAUAAGAGUACUAAUAAGUAUGCGGAACUGUUGCUUAAUACUCAAUAUUUGGUGGAAUAUAUACAUAUAAUACUGCGGGACUGUCGUGUCUCGUUGAGUGAUCAGUAUAUAAGAGGAUUUUUGGAAAUCUAUUAUCCCAAGGUCUCCUCCCAGUUACCCAUUGCACGUCUUUUGUACUCCAUUAGUUAUUCCAUGCACUCAAAAGAGGACUUGGAUGAUUUGUGCGGCGAUCUUUUUGCCAUAAGGGUAUUUGCCCAAUGCACCGGUAUACCGGCCUCAGUUCGCAAACAAUUAAGGGGAUCUCUUAAGGCUUUGUUGUACAAAAGCGCCCGUUAUCAAAAAAUUGCAGAGGAUGAAUUAUUCCCCAACAAAAAGCUGAAAUUGGACACUGAUGAUAAAGACGAUAAGGAAUUGAACAAAACUCCCAUUGCAAAGGAUGAUGUAGACCAGCUAAACAAUAAGGAACGAAACGAAAGAACCAACGCUAAUGAAAACAAAAAAGAUAAUAACGAUGAUGAUGAAAAAACUGCCAACACAAAACAAAAAGAAGAUGAUUCUAAAAUGGAGGAAGAGGAAACAUUGAAGAGAUGCUUAAUGGAAGACAACGAUAUUGAGGAAGUGAAGAAGAAACCAAAAAUAUCUUCUGAAGAGACGGAAACAAAAUCUGACAGUAAAACUGAGGAAGAUCGAAACAAGGAGGCUAUUAAAUCACCUGUAAAGGAAAGUAAGGAAUCAACAAAGGCUUGUCUUCUGGAAACACCCUCAACAUCAGCGGCGGCUGCAGCUGCUGCUGCUGCCGCGGCUCUAAGUUCUGCUGCUUACGCUAGCAUAAAUUCUGAGAAAAACUCCACAAAGAAAACUGCCGAUGAACGUCUAAUGGAUGAACACGAAAAACGCAUUAAACUUUUGCUUACCAUGGAAACGUACAUCAAAAGUAUUUUGAUUUUAAUGCAAAAAGAGGAAAGUAACUCGCCAAAUGCUGGUGCAAAUCAAAGUGUUCUGGACGAGACCAUGGAAAGUGAACAGAAUACAACACCGAUACCGGAGAGUAGUGAUGAAGGUGGUUGUGGUGGUAAUGGUGGCGGUAACAACAAUAACAAUUCACAAGGCAGUGCCUUUAAUUGUAAUUCCACAAAUAGCAGUAAUAAUAACAUCACAUCCACUUCGCCAGAAAACCAGAAGGACACAAAAAACAAAGAUGAGGAAAUGCCAAUAAACGAAGAUGAUGAUGAUGACGACGAGCAUGCGAAUCGAAAGAAGAAGGAACAAAAACAAAGAAAUGAACUCCAAUCCAAUGACAAUGAUAUUCAAAAACAACAGCAGACUGGCCAAGUGGCAACUGCAACCACCACAACUACAACGAGUACAGCGACACAUACACAUAAAGCGUCUAUUGAUGAUAUUAUUAAUGCAAACACGGCCUCAACGUCCACGGCUGCUAGUUCGCCGCAAAUUUAGUUAUCGUUCAAUGAUUUGUUAAAUAUUUUGUUUUUUGGCAAAAUGCUAGAUUAGCAGUGCUAAGCACUUUGACUAAUUUACUUUAACCUUUUGAUAAUUAUUUUUAAAUUUAGGUUGUUUAUUUUCUCUUCCCCACUCUCUCUCUCUCUCUCUCUCGCUGCUGAAAGUAGGCAUUAUUUGCAAACAUAUUUUCUCCAACUCAACUAUCAUGCUUUUUUAAUUUUAAUUUAAAUUAAGCUUUAAGCUAAUAUCUUUUUUAAACAACAACAAAAAACUAUUUUUUAUCCUAAAAUUGUUAAUAAUUAUAAUUUUUAAUAAUUUCUAUUUUUCCUAUUUUCUCCAACUAUUUUUAGCUUAUUUUAAGUUUCACAGAACUUCAUUAUAUCCCAAAGUCUUUUUUUUACUUCUUUCUUUUUUGUAUGUCACCCAUCACAAUAUACCAGGUGGACAAAUAUUUAUGUAAAGUAUAAGAAGAAAAAAGAUCAUGUUUUUUGUAAACACAAUAUUUGCUUUUAAGAAGGUAUUAAUUUAUAAUUUUCUUUUUAUAUAAAUUCAUUGCCGAUAAGCAUUCACAAUGCAUUGCAUAAUCUGGUAAAAAGAGAAACACAUUGUAGUUUUUUGUACACUAUUUGCAAUUGAGAAAUAUUGCAAAAUUUCAAUUAAUUAAAAUUUAAAAGAAAAAAGAAUUUCAUAAAUAUGGAAUAAUAA